UUUGGAUAACGUGUUUGGGUGAUCCACUGUCUCUCCAAAUCGUAUUUUAAAGAUUUUGAAAUCUGUAAAAGAUUUAAAAGUCAGUAACUGAAGUAGAAAGUUGGUUUAUCAUGCAAAUAUAUAAAUGAAAUCACCAGGCACUACUUUCUCAAAUUAGCAUAAGCAAAAAUGGCUUCUCUGAAGUUUCUUUUAGCUAUUUCAUUUUCCCUUUUCACUUUUCAUUUAGUUUCGGCUGCAGUCAUUUCCCAUGAUGGAAGGGCUAUAACGAUUGAUGGGAAACGUAGGGUUUUGUUAUCCGGCUCUAUCCAUUAUCCAAGAAGCACACCUCAAAUGUGGCCUGACUUGAUCAAGAAAUCAAAGGAAGGUGGACUAGAUGCCAUUGAAACAUAUGUGUUUUGGAAUGUUCAUGAACCAUCUCGUCGCCAAUAUGAUUUUGGUGGUAAUCUUGAUCUUGUAAGAUUCAUCAAAGCAGUUCAAGAUGAAGGACUAUAUGCCGUUCUUCGCAUUGGACCUUAUGUUUGUGCCGAAUGGAAUUAUGGUGGCUUUCCUGUGUGGUUACACAACAUGCCUGGAAUUGAGCUCCGAACUGCAAAUAGUAUAUUUAUGAAUGAGAUGCAAAAUUUCACAUCAUUGAUAGUUGAUAUGAUGAAACAAGAGCAACUUUUUGCUUCACAAGGAGGCCCAAUUAUUAUCGCCCAGGUUGAGAAUGAGUAUGGGAAUGUGAUGUCUUCGUAUGGAGCCGCUGGAAAGGCAUAUAUAGACUGGUGCGCAAAUAUGGCUGAAUCCCUUAACAUUGGAGUUCCAUGGAUUAUGUGCCAACAAAGUGAUGCACCUGACCCAAUGAUCAACACAUGCAAUGGUUGGUAUUGUGAUCAAUUCACACCCAGCAACCCAAAUAGUCCAAAAAUGUGGACUGAGAAUUGGACUGGCUGGUUCAAGAGCUGGGGUGGUAAGGAUCCUCAUAGAACUGCUGAAGAUGUUGCUUUUGCUGUUGCUAGAUUCUUCCAAACUGGUGGCACCUUCCAAAAUUAUUAUAUGUACCAUGGUGGAACUAAUUUUGGUAGAACAGCUGGUGGUCCUUACAUCACAACAAGUUAUGAUUAUGAUGCACCGCUUGAUGAAUUUGGAAAUCUGAAUCAACCAAAAUGGGGCCACUUGAAGCAGCUUCAUGAUGUUUUGCAUUCCAUGGAAGAAAUUCUUACUUCUGGCACUGUUUCUUCAGUAGACUAUGACAAUUCUGUCACGGCCACUAUUUAUGCAACUGAUAAAGAGUCAAGUUGCUUUCUUAGCAAUGCAAAUGAAACAUCAGAUGCUACCAUUGAAUUUAAAGGGACUACAUAUACAAUUCCUGCAUGGUCUGUUAGUAUCCUUCCUGAUUGUGCAAAUGUUGGAUACAACACUGCCAAGGUGAAAACUCAAACUUCAGUGAUGGUAAAGAGGGAUAACAAAGCUGAGGAUGAACCCACUUCCCUUAAUUGGUCAUGGAGGCCUGAGAAUGUUGAUAAGACUGUACUUCUUGGGCAAGGGCAUAUUCAUGCAAAGCAAAUUGUUGAUCAAAAAGCUGUAGCUAAUGAUGCUAGUGAUUACCUUUGGUAUAUGACAAGUGUGGACCUCAAGAAAGAUGAUCUGAUUUGGAGUAAGGACAUGUCCAUUAGAAUUAACGGCAGUGGCCACAUUCUUCAUGCAUAUGUCAAUGGAGAAUAUCUUGGUUCUCAAUGGUCCGAGUAUAGCGUGUCCAACUAUGUCUUUGAGAAAAGUGUCAAGUUGAAGCAUGGAAGAAACCUGAUCACCUUACUCAGUGCGACAGUCGGAUUAGCGAACUAUGGUGCCAAUUAUGAUUUGAUUCAAGCUGGAAUUCUUGGUCCAGUUGAGUUGGUGGGACGUAAGGGUGAUGAAACUAUUAUUAAAGAUUUAUCUAAUAAUAGAUGGUCAUACAAGGUUGGAUUGCUUGGCUUGGAGGAUAAACUUUACCUUUCUGAUUCAAAGCAUGCUUCUAAAUGGCAAGAGCAAGAACUUCCCACAAACAAAAUGCUGACUUGGUAUAAGACCACUUUUAAAGCUCCAUUGGGAACAGAUCCUGUAGUGUUAGAUUUGCAAGGAUUAGGAAAGGGUAUGGCUUGGAUAAAUGGAAAUAGCAUUGGAAGAUACUGGCCCAGUUUCCUUGCCGAGGAUGAUGGUUGUAGCACUGACCUAUGUGAUUAUAGGGGUCCUUAUGAUAACAACAAAUGUGUUAGCAACUGCGGAAAGCCGACUCAAAGAUGGUAUCAUGUUCCUCGCUCUUUCCUUCAAGACAAUGAGAAUACUUUAGUUCUAUUCGAAGAGUUUGGUGGAAACCCAUCACAAGUAAACUUUCAAACAGUUGUGACUGGUGUAGCAUGUGUUAGCGGUGAUGAAGGAGAAGUUGUAGAAAUAUCAUGCAAUGGUCAAUCAAUUUCAGCAGUUCAAUUUGCCAGUUUUGGUGAUCCUCAGGGUACUUGUGGUUCCUCUGUUAAAGGAAGCUGUGAAGGAACAGAAGAUGCAUUAUUAAUUGUCCAAAAGGCUUGUGUUGGAAAUGAGAGUUGCAGUCUUGAAGUUUCUCAUAAAUUAUUUGGAUCAACUAGUUGUGACAAUGGUGUCAACAGGCUAGCUGUAGAGGUUCUAUGUUAGGAACAAUUUUGAACCCCUUUUAGGUUAGGGUCUUUUUGGCUGGGGGAUUUUGAUAUCUAGUGUCAGAAUGAUGUAGAUAUCGUUAUUAUCAUUUAAUAAAAUCUGCAGUGCUGCUUUUCUUUGCUCAA